GGCAGGAGCGGUUGUUGGGGGCAGGUGGUGCGCGACAGAGGCAUCUUUUCCCAGCCCCCAAAAUGUCGCAGCAACGAGUCUUACCACAGAGCAAGGAGACCCUCCUUCAGUCCUACAACAAGAGACUGAAAGAUGACAUCAAAUCCAUCAUGGAUAAUUUCACAGAGAUAAUCAAGACCACAAAGAUUGAAGAUGAAACCCAAGUGUCUCGGGCAACCCAAGGCGAACAGGACAAUUAUGAGAUGCAUGUCAGGGCCGCAAACAUCGUCCGGGCUGGUGAGUCCCUCAUGAAGCUCGUCUCUGACCUAAAGCAGUUCCUGAUCCUGAAUGAUUUCCCUUCCGUCAACGAAGCCAUCAAUCAGCGCAACCAGCAGCUACACAGCCUGCAGCAGGAAUGUGACAAGAAGCUCAUUGCCCUGCGGGAUGAGAUCUCUGUUGACCUCUACGAGCUGGAGGAAGAAUAUUACUCUUCCAGGUACAAAUAAGGCGGCAGAGGAUACUCUAGUAACCGCAGAAGUGCCUAGUCUGGCCCUGAAAAAAAGCAGUAGUCCUGCAGCGUUCUGGAAUAUUUUGUUGCUCAGCCCCGACAUCCUGGCCUGGGGAUCUCUUUUUAGCAGUCACAUAACCACUUGUGACUUUCAAUGCUUGUUUCAUAGCAUCCUGCUAAGCCGUGAUGUAUGUCUGUUGCAAUCCGGCCUCCUGUUUGUGUCCAAACCCAUCCCCACAGACAAGCCAUGGUUUGUGAACCAGCAGUAAACGGACGCCAUGGUUUGUGCUUGGCUUACAAAGCCCGGCUUGUACACACCAGGGCUUGCUGUACUGUCUGAACCAUGAGCCAUGGCUUGUUGUUUGCUAGUUUGCACCACAACUCGCCUUAAAACAGCCACCCAGCAAGAGCCCCCUGAAAAUGGCAUUGCUCUGAUGGCAGGAGAGGAAAAAGCAAAAAUUGGGGGUGGGGGGAAGCCACAUUUUUUUGCUCAUCUGCAGAACAAUUUAUGGUUAAGGCAACAAAACAUGAUCAUCUUAAACAAGAGGUGCAGAAACGCAGGUCCAGAGACCAAAUCCUGCCUGCCUGGUGUCCCAGUUUGCCCACCCAGUUCCCGCUGUGCUCAUGCCGUCUCUCCUUUCCCCCAAACGCCUGUUGUUGGAGGGCUCCUUGCUUUUUCCGCAGUCUUUGUCCCAGAAGGCUGAAGCGCGUCUGUUAAGGCUUAGGUGUGGGCAGAAGAGGUGUAAGCCAUGAUAGGUGGGUGUGUCCGCCCUGUCCCCUCUUGCUUUGGACCCCAAGAGUUUCUCGGACGUGGUAUUUGGUCCGUGGGCUGAAGGAGGCUCAAGACACCUCUGCAAAUGUGACUUAGUGUGGAAACGCAGCCAAAGAGGACUGAAGCCCUGAUCAUAGCCCCCCUCAAACUGGAGCAAGGGUUCGACUGGAAGUGCCUGGGAGGUUUGAAGGAGUGCCUCGUUGUUGCUCGUGUUUCAGCUCACACCCCGAAAGUGGCACUUUGGUUGGAGUUCUUUUCCUUUCACAGAGGGGCGGAAGAGGAGGUGCAUAACAGAAGCCAAAGUACCUAUCCUGGGGCCCUCCAGAUGUUUUGGACGACAGCUCCUGGAGCUGAUGGGAGUUGAUGUCCAAAGCAUCUGGAGGGCACCAGGUUGGGAAAGGCUCGUGUUGAUAAAUAUAAAAAUAUGAACUUAUUCUGCUGGCAGCAGCUGCUUCCGUGUGUUCCCCAUCCAGGCAGGUGUUCAGAAGACCACAGCCUUGCCUUGCCUUGCCUUGCCUUGCCUUGCCUUGCCUUGCCUGCUGGAGUUUGCACUUCACCCUGACCGGUAUUUCUUUCACACCCCCACCCGGCUUCAGGGUUUAAUCCAGGCUUUUUCAGCAGCACCAAAGAAAUCCGCAAGCCUGCGAAUCCAUGAGACGUGACCUCUUGUAUGCAUAUUUAGAUGGAUGAUGCAUUUAUUAGUAGUAGUAUUUCGAGAAUGGAAUCUUAGGGUACGGUAUGAGCAAGAGCUUUCCGUGCAGAUAAAUAGCAUCUAGCAUGUUCAUGUCCUCUUGAGCGGUGCAGUUCUGCACCUUCUCUAGGCCCCAUCGUUGCAAACUGCAGCAGCAGCAGCAGCUCCACAGAAGUGAGGUGCCGUCCCCAAAAGGAAGCGCCCUGUGGCCGGUUUUUUGGGAUCCCGCUCACAGGUUGCUCCCUUGAGCGGAGUUUCCCGACUUGGUGGCUGCUUCAGGCAGCACAGGAAUGAGUUCACGGGGCCUUGGACCGAAUCUGUGCUGUGUGCCCCAUGGAACAGGUACUCGGUCCGGAUCCAGGGCUUGGCCAGGGCAGCAGGCAGCCCAAAAGGGUCCUCCCGCCAGUACCACCUCCAGCCUGAAGAGACCCGCAGUGGUUAGCUGGAGGGCCCAGUGGAAUUCAGUGGCCACGGGACCUCCUGCUUUUAUUGGCCAAGCAUGCAAGGAGGGCCAGAUGCUUAGUAUCCGUGCCAAGGAGGGCCAGUCCAGAGGCUUCUUGUUGCCAGCCAUUUGCAGGUUGUGCUGGUGCUGCAAGCCGCUCCCAUUUCCACCAGAAGAGGGUUCUGGGGCCUGGACGAGGGCACGCAGCCUCGCCAAGCUCUCAUGAGGAAGGACCACCAAGUACAGCCGUUAAUUCAUCACACCCUGUGGCUAGCCCAGCCCUUGCCAACUUGCAGGGGUGCUGGGCUACAGACAACUCCCAUGAUGGGGACACUAGUCCAGCGCAUCUGGAGGGCAAAGGCUGGGCAGAACACAGCUGGAUACCUGGAGUUCUCCGAACUGGUGGUGUUCAGGUCCAUCUUUCACCUUCCAGCCACCUGGAGGUUUCUGUUCAAAUAUUUUUCUUCUGUGAGAGUUGGAGCAUAAGUUUGUAGUGUCAGAAAACUAAUAUGCAUUUAAAAAACUCUUCAAGCAUUUCUAUUUCUAUAUAAUAUUUAUUAUACUAUUUCAUCCCUCAAUUUUUUCAAGUUUUACUGUAAAUAAAAUAGCACUGGGGAAAAAUGCACACAAGCACCCGCGA